AUGUCUGAGGACAAGAAAGAAAUCUAUGAAGAACAUGUCAAAGACAUACAACAAGGAUCCAUUGAGGCUAUAGACAUCGGCUCUGGACUCCAUGACGGCCUAGAGCGCUCAAACGCAGACGAGGCGCUAAACUUUGCUCUGCAGCUGUCGGAUGGCAAGGAAAUUGACCCCGAAGCAGACCGGAAGCUAACCAGAAAGAUCGACUUUGUCGUUUUUCCUGUCAUGGCACUAGUUUAUGCUGCCCAGUUUCUCGACAAAACAUCUAUGUCGUACGCUGCAGUCAUGGGACUCAGAUCGGACAUGAAAAUGGAGGGAAAUAUGUACAGCUGGUCAGGUACCAGUUUUUACCUGGGCUACCUUAUCUUUGAAUACCCGGCCGCCUGGAUGCUGCAGAGGUUCCCCCUCGCAAAAACGUUGGCUGCUUUCCUCAUUGUCUGGGGCGUGGUGUUAACGUUGACGUCCGUGGCAAACUAUGCUGGAUUUAUCGCCAUCAGAACAAUUCUGGGAAUGAUGGAGUCGAGUACUUCUAUUGGUUUUAUGCUGCUCACAGCGCAGUAUUACCAUCGGGAGCAGCAGGGAUCUAGAACUUCCUUUUGGGUUGCCUUCAAUGGGUCGGGACAGAUUAUGGGCGGUGCCAUGGCCUACGGCUUGGCUAAAAGAGAAAAUUCUUUACCCAUAGCCGGUUGGAAGCUCGUCUUCAUUAUAUGCGGCGUUAUUACCAUUUUUCUGGGCAUCCUCUUCCUGGUUGUCAUACCCGAUAAUCCUUUCAAGUCAAAGUUCCUCAAUGAUGCCGAAAAGGAGUUGAUUGUGCUAAGAUUGCGUCAAAACCAGCAGGGCGUAGGAAAUCACAGAUUCAAAACAUACCAGUUUGUUGAGGCUCUCAAGGAUGUGCGUACCUGGAUCAUGUUCAUUUCCUCUGUCGCGUUGAAUAUACCAAAUGGGGGGACUACGACCUUUUCUUCUAUUCUGAUCAAGGGCACAAUGGGCUACGACGAAUUCAUGACCUUGCUAAUGGGUUUGCCUGCAGGUGCAACCGAGUUCGUUGGUUUGAUACUUUUUGGCCUGAUAUCUCCUUAUGUGAAAAACAGAAUGCUUCUUGCAUCAAUCACGACAGUCAUCGCUUUGGUCGGAUCCUGCUUGAUGUCUUUUGCAGGUCCGCCAAAAGCACAAUUAGCCGGUUACUACUUAUUGAUGAUUGCACCCGGAGCGAUGAUCGUCAUGUUUUCUAUCGUCUCGUCUAAUGUUUCGGGGCACACGAAGAAGACAACAGUUGGCGCUAUUUACUUGAUAGGAUACUGCGUGGGCAAUCUCAUUGGGCCCCAAACCUUCCAGGACCAAGACGCUCCCGAUUACCGUCCUGCAAAAAUUGUCAUGGUGGCUUCCUACUGCCUCACCUUGAUAACCUUGCCAGCUCUAUAUCUUGUGAACCUCCGGGAAAAUAAAAGAAGAGAUCGAUUGGUUCAAGAGGGACUUCUCAACCAUAAGGAGAACUCGGAAUUUGCUGAUCUGACUGACAAAGAGAAUUUGGAAUUCAGGUAUGUACUUUGA